AAUUGUAUGUGCUACUAAAUAUUUCUUCUCUCUAACAGUCAGCCUCAGGUGAUUCCUAUAAUAAAUCCUCCCUUUUUCAGUGAGUAAUUGUUAGUUUUUAUCCUCCAUAAACACUGCUAUUUGCCUUGCGUGACUAUUAUAUCAUCGACGCCACGGCCACGCGGAUCGGCUCAUAAACUGCUCCAGAGAUGAGAUUAACUCUAUUAUUCCCACGAGUGAGUGAGUCAAUCGGUGGCAUUUAAUCGAAUCGCAGUCACAGGUCACAGGAUCAUUCCCGUCAGAAUUUACAUAAUUUUCCUUGUGAUACGACACACCUAAAUUAUUUACUAUUGAAAUCAAAGGGAACAAUUAAAACAAAGCCAGAUCCGACCAGACAGAAUUUGUAUUGUUUAUUUAUCUCGUCAUGAUAAGCAAAUAUUAGUAACACGACGGUAUUAUUUAGAACUUAUCAUUAUCCGGCAUUAGUUUGCCUCGUGGGUCAGGUGAUAAGUGUGAUAUCAACGGACUCGACACACAUUUCGUUUACAUAAGCGUAUUCGUUUUGCAUAAUAACAAAUAAGAUUCAUCAAAAAAAGGCAGACAUAACACACCAAAAAACAACUAACAAAGGGAUAUAAAGUUCCAGGUACUGUUGUUCUUGUGGAAUUGAGCGUCAUAAAAAAAGGAAGAAGAAAAAGGUUCGACUCUCUGGAAAACAUAGUCGAAGAGAAAAACUUGAAAUAAUUCCGGAAAAAUAUGGCGUUUUUACUAUCCCUCCCCUGGAAUUGGGGAACAAGUGAAAUUCUCGUCGUAAUCGCUGCGAUAACUUAUUUCUAUUUUUGGUGCACGAGAAAACCCCCAAAUUUUCCACCAGGUCCACGAAGGCUCCCACUUCUCGGAAAUCUUCACCAGUUGGGUUCCGAACCGCAUAAGGCGUUCAUGAAAAUGCAGAAAGAAUACGGCGACAUGUUUUCCAUUUAUUUUGGGAAUAAUCCUGCGGUUAUAAUAAACGAUCCAAAGCUGUUACGAGAAAUGUUUUCCGAAGCCGUGUUCAGCGGUCGGGCCAAUUUUUUGAAACCCUUCCAAGAUCGAACCGGUGGAAUUCCGAGAGGCGUCAUCUUUACCCACGAAGCCACUUGGGUCGAACAGCGUCGCUUUGCUUUGAAGACUUUAAGAGAUUUCGGGUUCGGAAAAAAAUCAAUGGAGUCGAUGGUUCAGCAAGAGGCGACCGAGUUGAUUGAAACUUUUCGAAAAAUGGCAGGAAAACCGAUCCAAACUCAAAAUAAGUUUAAUGCCGCUGUGCUAAACGCUCUGUGGACGUUAAUCACUGGAAAUCGGUAUUCUCACGACGAUCCCAUGCUGCACGAUCUUAUCAAGCGACUUACUUCGACCGUAUCAUCCUCCCGUGCUGCUGGUGCCAUCCUAUUUUUCCCAUUCCUCUACAAACUCCGGGUGUGGUUUCCCUUCCUCUUCGGACCUUCUGCCGCACAGAGAACGGAGACGCAAAAAAAGACGUUGGCCUUUAUCCGACAACAUAUCAAAGAGCAUCAGGACACUUAUCAGGCUCACGCCGUCCCCAGAGAUUUCAUUGACGUGUACUUGGGUGAGAUGGAGAAAGCCGCGGUGGGGUCCAGUUUCGACGGGGAGGAAGGAAUAAAAAAUCUUGUGUACACAAUGCUCGACCUAUUCAUUGCUGGAGCUGAGACCACUUCGACCACGCUGACCUGGAUGUUUCUUCUGCUCGCUUUGAAUCCCCAACCACAGGAGAAACUAUUCGAGGAAAUCGACAGUGUCGUGGGAAAGAGUCGUCUCCCAUCGUUGCAUGAUCGACCCAACAUGCCGUACACGGAAGCCGUGAUCAUGGAAGUCAUGCGGUUCAGCGCGAUGGUUCCCACCGGCGUGUUUCACAGCGUCUUGGAGGACACAACCUUCAAAGGCUAUUUUCUCCCCAAGAACACCAUCAUCGUUUCCAACUUGUACGCCUGCAUGAAGAGCCCCGCAAUUUGGGGGGAUCCAGACACCUUCCGGCCAGAACGUUUCCUUGCUGGCGAUGCCAAAUCCGUCGUACGACACGAAGCCUUGCUCCCCUUUUCCACCGGGAAACGAGUCUGUCUCGGCGAAAGUUUGGCGAAAGAUGAGCUCUUCCUCUUCACGGCGUGUCUCUUCCAACGCUUCAGAGUUACACCAGACCCCAACGGACCCCCACCCACGAUGGAUUAUCAUAUGGCAACCGUCCUCAUUCCCAUGCCGCACAAUCUGGUUGUUCAUGACAGACAGGAUGAGGAGUAGAUUAUAAACGUGUGCGUCACUUUGCAUAAUCCCUCCCUUUUCCAUAACGGUUAUAUUACAGAAUUUUUAUUCCAUAAAAGUUAGUCACAUGGCAUAAAUAACCACCUUCCAUAAUACAUUUUCUCAUAAAUUAUAAAAAGGAAUAACUGACUUCUAAUUAAAAAUUAGAAGUGCCGAUUAUAAAUACAUAAAUUCGUAAUUAAUCUAAUGGUAAUUUUAUUUAUCAGAGUAUAAGCUGUGUUCGCCGAGUUUGUAUAAGAAAUUAUGCAGAAGAAAAAAAUGUAUCACGUAAUUAAUUAUAUUUACAUCGUAUAAUUUUAUUUAAUAUAUAUGUAUAAAUUUUGAUUAAAAUUAAAUAAGUAACAAGGAUUCAGUUUCAUCUCAACUUUGUGCAUGUAAUAAAAUUCUAUAAAUGUC